CGUCUCCCUGUUCUACGAUGGCGGAAAGAAGUUCUGAUAAAAAGCUCCGUCCGCCUCCGGCCGUCGCAUCGCAGAAACGUCCGUCCUCUAGCAGUAAGGCUGUGAGGUCCAAGAUGGUUGAAGUAAGACCACAGGCGAAAUCUGCCUCUGGUCCAACAAAGAGGAACACAGAUGAACUUUUUGCUAAGGAAGAACAAUACAAACUCUUAAAUGCAGAGCUGGAAGCCAAAACAGCAGAUCUAGUAAGACAGGCAGAACAACUUUUGAGAGAACAGAGUGAAGUUCUGUCAAAACCCUUAUCCACCCUCCUGCUAACGGACAUUGAGGAUGAAGAGGAGUCAAGGAUGAUACAGCCUCAAAAGUGGAAUAUGCAGGAGCCUGGUGCGAAGGUGGUGACAAAAAAAAGAGUCACAUCAACAUCACACUUGUGUACUGGAAAACAAAGAAAAGAGCCUCACUGUCAAACAGUAACCCCAAAUGUUGCUGAUUUAGCAGCUGUAGAAGACUCAGAGGAUUUGUUCCUGGCAAAGACAAUACGGAGCAUGGAGGAGAAGAUGAACGACACCGAGAUUCAUGAAAAUGUUGUGGAUGAUGAGCCUAACGCUGGAGACAAUGUAGGAUCAGGCGUUUCAGAUGCUCAAAUACGAGUUCUGAAGGCAAAACUACGGAUCAUGCAAGAAGAACUGGAUCAACUCUCCUGUGAAUAUUAUAAGAAGGAUGAUGACAAUGCUAAACUAAGUGCAAAAAUGAAGGAGCUUGAGGAUGAAAAAGCCAGACUGCAGAAAACGACAAACAUCCAGCAGACACAUAUUGAAAAGCACAGAGCUUUAGCAGAGGAGUCCGACAAAAAAUGUGACGGUCUUCAACUGCAAGUGUCUGCUUUACACAAGGAAAUAGAAAAUCUGAAUAGAUCCCACAAACAAGCUGCAGCAGUCCACAGCACUGUGGAGGUUCGUCUGAACAGAGCGUUGGAGGAGGUGGAGCGGCUAAAGACUCAACUCAACAAGAUGAAACAGAUGAACAAGGACAAGAUAAGCGAGGAACAUCAGAGUAAAGAAAAUCUACUUGCUGAAAACAAAAUGCUAAAAAAACAGAAAGCAGAACUCAUCGUAGGCUUCAAGAAGCAGCUCAAGCUGAUUGACAUUCUAAAAAGACAAAAGAUGCACUUUGAAGCUGCCAAGCUGCUGUCGUUCACAGAAGAGGAGUUCAUGAAAGCGCUAGACUGGGGGAAGUCAUAGACACGGAGAGGUUC